CUUCAGCUACGCGUCGAAGUAUCUUAGUUCGAUUUCCCCACCCCAGCGUAGACCAGCCCAUACAAUAAAAGAAACUCUAGCUAGUGAAUUCCCAGUAUGGAAGCCAGAGGGAGCUAGGUGCAUAUUAGCUUCCACGUUACCUGGUGCCUGAAACCAAGACCCGAGACUUGCCUGUAAUUUAUGCAGCUCACUAUCUUGUUUGAUUAUGUUGCACUGUAUGUUGAUUCACACAGUUAUUAAGCCUCGUCUUCAUAUGCUCUGGGCUCACUGUAAAACCUGAGACGGAGUCUCGAGAAGUAGUUUGGUUCUCCCAAAGGUCUGGACUAGAGCAUGCAGACAUUACAAUUGACUAGUAACGUUCAGAUACAAUUAUUUUGUGGGUGCCUGAACCAUCUUAAACUUGGACUAUUAGUUUUUAAGCUACUAGCCCAGCUGUGGAACAGCUGAGGACAUUUUAGGUCAUUAUUCUUACACUCUUGUCCUCCAUGCCAAAGAUCUGUGGAGUCAGUGGAGUGUACCACCCAUGUAUGCCGUGCCAUUCCACAUCGGAGGGCAUAGGAGAGAGUUGCCAAGGAAGAGAACCGUGACACAUAUACUAAAUGUGGCAUAAAGAGGCCUCUUCCCUUUGCUGUACGUUGGAAUUGAGGGCCUCUUGAGGGAGCCUUACACAAUACUGCAAGCCAAAUCCAACAUUUUUUUGGACCAAUAAGUAAAAAAUUUUUCCCUCCAUCAUCUUACUAAGGGCAGACGGAAUCUGCUUGGGCUGGUAGAUGUUUGUUGACCAUUUUGCAAGGCAUAAAGGCAUUUAUUAAAGUUAUUUGUAUUAUGGUUGUGCGGAGGCACUCUGGUCACGGACUAGGACUCUGUUGUGCUAGGUGCAGUAUAAACACCAAACAAAGAGACACGUCCUGCCCCAAGGAGCGUACACGCUGUUCAGUUCUCAGCUGUCCAUCAGCAUGGAGGAUGAGCCCCUAAGUGACUCGUUUCCUGGACAGUCACUGUCCAUCUCCCACGUUUAUUAUCAUACUGAUUUUGUUAGCAAUUAUACUUAAGAUUGUGGAAAACAGGGUAACUAAAUUGGUCCCCCAUCAUGUUACAUUUCUUCCACUGCAAUUCUGCUUGUGUCUCUUGUCUGGGUCGUCAUCCUCCCCAGCCAGCUAACAGCUGGAAGGGUGUGAAUGCCAUUUAGCAGAACAAAAGUCUUUCCUCCUCUUACCCCAGCAGUGGCCAGCAGCAGCGAGUGCAUUUGAUUGUAACUUAGACACUAUAACAUUUAAAGUAUGUUUCCCCCUAGUGGUCAAAUGACCUGGGCACCAGAGUGGAAUGAAUUUUGACCCUUUGGCAACCCGGUAGCUCAGCGGAUUAGGUGAGGUGAGCAUGUGGGCAGGAGCAUGCAGUGGGCCUGGAGAGGAGACAGCCAUUUCACAUUGGAUGCAGGAAACAGUGCAGAAACUGCCCAGCCUGCAUAGGAGGGGCUGCGGGUCUGCCUUAAAACCUACCCUUCAACCUCACAGUGUUUAAGUUAAAUAUUGAAGGAAAGCUGGUAUAUUAUUGGCAAAUCCAUUUUUCAAGUAUUCGCUGUCUUUUCCCACAGGUUGCAGGGGCCAGGUUGCAUGCAGAAAUGCUAGCUAUAGAAAUACAGGGGGAAGAGCAAUACAGUAAUUAUGGCCCAGCACAAGGGACACGGUUGCAGCUGGAUCAUUUUCUACAGGCCAUCAGAGUCGGCUUUAGGAAGUUUAAUACACGGAGGCCUGGGGCCGCUCAGGCUGAGAAAGGACAAAUAGUUUUACACCUAAUUAGGAGACUGUUGGUUGAAAAUAGAGCAGGUGGUAUUGAACUGAUAAGAUGUAAAUAGCAGUAAUACUUAGCGCUAAUAGGGCUUUUAAUUCAUAACUGAUUCUCACAGCCCCCAAGCCCAUUCAACAGACAGGGAAGGUGAGGCAGAGUAAGUAAGUGGCUUGUUCAAAGUCACCGGAGGAAACGCAUCUUUGAGAGAGAGUGAUCUUAUGUGGUCAGGAUCAGUCCAGUCCUCAAUUACUAGUCAUUUUCUCCAAUGUAUUUGCCUAAUAAGUGCAUUAUUUAAUUCAAGAGGGGUAUUUAGUCACUGAUGUGUGCAUUAGAAAUUGAACCCAGGGUAUCUGUGAAUUGCUUGAGGCACUGAACUGACACAGCUUGGAGGUUUUGCACUGAAGGGCAAGCAUCUUCCCUGCCUGUGUAUAGUACGUAGGACAACUUGGGAUGUGCACGUUUGUUUAUAGAGUAGCACUGCCAUGAGACAUGCCUCGAGACUCUUGUUUGGAUGUGAAUAAACAUAAGUACUGCCUCUAGGCUGUACUAUGGGGUAUUAUUAAGGGGAGUUUUCUUUGGAGGGGUUAGGGAAUGGAUGGGAUAUUGCUAUGGAAAGGGUUUAAUGCAAUUGCAGUACCUUUUUCCAUCCAACAAUACCUUCAGUUCCUGGGAUGUUCAUUGAAAGGCGGGGUUUGCUGGUACUCUGCAACAGAGGGCAAUGUUAAAAUGUGCGGAACUGAAAUGGCAAAGUGGGACUCUGACUAAUGAAUGGAGGAAUGUUUCAGUGCCAAGCUGCUGACGGACCAUGGACACAUUCCAGGAUGUGUUCCAGAAGGUGGAGAAGAUUGGGGAAGGCACCUACGGAGUGGUGUACAAGGCGAGGAACAAGCGGACAGGCCAGCUGGUGGCUCUGAAGAAGAUCCGUCUGGAUUCGGAGACAGAAGGGGUUCCGAGUACAGCAAUCCGAGAAAUCUCUCUGCUCAAAGAACUUAAGCACCCAAACAUAGUGAGGCUUCUAGAUGUUGUGCACAGUCAGAAGAAGCUGUAUCUGGUGUUUGAGUAUCUGAAUCAGGACUUGAAAAAGUACAUGGACACGUCCCGGGCAGGGGAGCUCCCUUUAAGUUUGGUAAAGAGCUACUUGUUCCAGCUGCUGCAGGGGGUGAACUUCUGUCACUCGCACAGAGUCAUUCAUAGAGACUUAAAGCCUCAGAAUUUGCUUAUCAACGAAGCGGGAGCCAUCAAACUGGCAGAUUUUGGUCUGGCUAGAGCCUUCGGGGUUCCACUGCGCACUUACACUCACGAGGUGGUAACCUUAUGGUACCGGGCCCCCGAAAUCUUGCUGGGAAGUAAAUACUACUCGACUGGAGUGGAUGUCUGGAGCAUUGGCUGUAUCUUUGCAGAAAUGGUGAUGAGAAAAGCCCUGUUUCCGGGAGAUUCUGAAAUUGACCAGCUCUUCCGGAUUUUCCGCACCCUGGGCACACCCACCGAGGCAGCAUGGCCAGGGGUGACCCAGCUUCCCGACUAUAAAGGAAACUUUCCCAGGUGGGCGAGAAGAGAGAUGAAGGAGAUCGUUCCGAACUUGGAUCGGGAUGGGCGAGACUUACUGGCGCAAUUGUUACUGUAUGACCCCAACAGGCGCAUUUCAGCAAAGGCAGCCCUCAACCACCAGUACUUCUUCUGGCAAAGCCCCCGUGACCCCGAAGACCAGCACAUGCUGCAGAAACACUGCAGAUGAAAGGACGCAGCGCCUCUGGCUGCCUGUAUUCCUGAUACUGAGCUCUGUGCAUCAGUGCAUUUACCAUCUCUGGUGGCUGAGCAGGGAGGCUGGGUUGAAACGCCUCCAUAUUACAAAGGAACUUGGAGGGAAGUGUUAGUUCUUUUUUAGACAGAGGUGGUUGGAUGCUCUCAGCCCAUUGCUGGGAGGAUCUGUUAGGGCCAUUAGAGAUUUCUUGAGGUAGUUGUUACAUGUGAUAGGAACAGGCCUGAUGGCACCAUCCAUCAGCCUAUAAUACUGACUGGGGGACACUAAAUUCUCACAUGGGAGAGCAACUUCCAAAUCCUUGUCCCCUUGCCUGGGAGUGUAGCGAAAGUGAGGGUUGGAGUAGUGUAGCUUGUCUGUUCUUUCAGCACCCUGUCCUGGCUGUGGUUCAGAUAGCCCACUGCAAAGAGAUUUGUCAGCUUCCCUCCCAGCAUCAGGCAGUGCUUGACCUAAAGCAGCGGGGAGAGUCGGCUGCCUGUAGCCUGGAGUGUUGCUGCUUAGUGCUAUUAAAAAGAAGAGGGGCUGUUAGUAUUAAAUAAGACUUUGUCUUCAACUGUUUAAGAAUUUUAGAGUUUUAAUUCCUAGUUAAACAGCAAGUGAAAAUAUCUUAAGAAUAAUCUUCAUCGUGCAAGAAAGAGAAGCCAAAGGCUCCCGUUAUGGCAACGUGUGAAGUCACAGUUCUGGAGAACACGCCUUUUUGUUGUCCAAAUGGAAAAAGUUCAGUCACUUGGGUUGGCUUUGACAAUAUUUUACUGUUUAUCUUUCGAGUGAUUUAGCACCAGGUUUUGAUGCAGUUGUGGAAACUCUCUCCUCCAGUAAAGAAAAUACAUAGAAUUUGUUCCUAAGUCUUGGUUGUUUGUUAUAGGCUGCUCAAUUGUUUAGCCACCCCCUGGACUAGGGUAGUGAUGGAAUCUGAAUCUCUCAUGUAUGCCAAAACCUCGACCUGUGUUCACAGCACCGGCCUAUCCAGCUGGUCCAUUUCUUUAUUACAGGCUCUCUCUUUUCCCUUUGUCUCUUUCAUCAGGUCAGAACUGUCAGAUGCUGAGGCAUCAGAUAGCGUUUUGUAGAAUAAUGGGCAGAGAACAUAAAGAUAUCCCUGCUGCAGGGAGAAACUGAGUUUCUUUCAAACAAAAGCUUUGUUUGAGUUUGUUUUAUUUGCUGAAAUACUCUGAAGACAGAUGAGUUACUUUGUUCCAUAUUUUGUUUUCCCACCUGCCUUAAAAAGGGGGCUGCAGAGACUCUGAUAAAUGAAUUAAACGGCAUUACUCUGUGAGGAUCUAUAUCAUCUUUCUCCAGCUGUUGAAGGGAAGUGUGGUCAAGUAGCAGUGUAAUGCUGAACCAGCAGCUCAGCAUUCCAGCUGGGUACAAUGUUGUACUUUCUUUUGCAAUAUUUCUGAUUCAUAACAGAUAUUCCUACGCCUCUUUCAGCAUUACCCGGGCGGGGGGGUAUGUUGUCUUUCUCCAGCUGUUGAAGGUAAUUGCAGUCACAUAGCCAUGUAACACUAGGGCUUUGGCCCUUUCUUUCCCUGUACCAAUCCAUCUUGUACCUACAGUGCAGAUUUGGAGGCUAGCAGAGAUAUCUAAACCCUCUCAUUCCUAUCACUGGAUUUUAAAAAUCCCAGAGAGACCAGGUAGGUGUGGUAAUAUCUUUUAUUAGCCUAACAGAAGUUGGUGCAA